UUUUUUUUUAUUUUUUUUUUUAUUUUUUUUUUAGAAAAAAGAAUCUUUCAAGAGAAAAAUAUAAAUAAAUAAAUAUCUUUAUUUUGUUAAUGUACACAAUGGCACCUAUUGUGUUGAAAGUAAAAGGUGAAUUACAUACUUUACCAUUUGGUAAUGACUCUAUAGACGAUCUUUCGGAAACUUGGAAAGUAUGUACAAAAGUAAAAGACGCACUUGAAAAUGGUUCUAGACUAGAAAACUUAUCAUGGCGAUUAUGGUUUGCAAAUAAUACAACAUUAAUUCGUAAUUUCAAGAUACCAGAUAAUUUCGAUUUUAUAAAAGCAACAAAGAAAAAGAAAGCUGAAUUAUUAGAAGCAAAAAAGAAGUGCAAUAAACGCUUACAAACAAAAGAAGUAAUACUACCUUUAUUUAAUCCUUCCGCAACUCAAGAUCAUAAUCAAUAUAAUACAACAGAUGAUCAAGUUAUCGAGUUGGAUGAUAUUUUUAAAUCUUUCAAUGAUGAUAUGCAGACUUAUUUAAAUCCUACUACAGAAGAAGAAAGGCUUAGCUCGCAGCAAUUAGAUAAUCUUAUCAAUGAAGCUUGGCCUGUUACUACUACCACUACUCCUCACAAUAAUAAUAUAACUUCACCUAUUCAUUAUUUUAAUGAGUGUGAAAAUAGGUUAGGGCAACCUUAUUCACCUUCUACUCACUUGAAUUAUAAUGUCCUUCAGCAACCACCAUCCUUAUCAUUACCUCCUCCUCCUCCUCCUCCUUCUUCUUUUCAACAAAAUUUAUUUUCUACUGGCCCUACAAAAACAACCAAUAACAUGCUUCAAGGGUCAGCCUUAUAUGUUUCUGCAGAAACUAUGCCACCUAUUCCUAGUAGUACAUUACAAAAUAAGUUAUUGACUCCAUUUUCUUCAAAAGAAAUAGUAAAAGUAUCCCAUAUAAACAAUGACAACCAAAGUGAUACUAAGCAUCUUCAAGUUAAUCAGCAAGAGUCAUCUUCUAUAGAUAAUAAUAAUAACCUGAACUCCUUCUUAUGUCUACCACAACAAGAUUCUAACGUGAUUUUUACAAAAGAUACAAAAUUAGUCUAUCGUCAUCAAUCAAAAUCUUUACCUUCAUCUAGAGCAUCUUCACCACCAUUAAAUCCUUCUUCUCAAAAGAUGAAAAACAUAGCAUUUACUUCUUUAUCUAUGCCUUCCUUUAAAAAGACAGUUACCACUUUUAAUAAAAGUCAACAAGAUAAUAACUGUGAAAUCGAAGAAAAAGGAAUAAAGACUCCAAUCUGUAGUAACUGUCAAACAACAACGACUCCACUUUGGAGAAGAUCUGCAAGAGAUGAAUUACUUUGUAAUGCAUGUGGUUUAUACUUAAAGUUACAUAAUAUACCUAGACCUAAACAUUUCAAGCCUCAAUCCUCAAAGAAAGAAGUGAAAGGUGAAAAUGAAAAUACAAUUCAACCUAUUUGUUCGAAUUGUGGUACAUCUACAACACCUCUCUGGAGACGUGAUGUUGAUGGAACACCUUUAUGUAAUGCAUGUGGUUUAUAUCUGAAAUUACAUCAUGAAAAGCGACCGUUAUCGAUGAAGACUGAUAAUAUUAAAAAACGCCAAAGAUGCGAUAAUUCAAAUAAUAAUAACAGAUCAUCUACUAUGAUUACUUCUAUCAUAUCAAAUAACCGUAAUAAGAAAAAGGAUCCAAUCAUGCUUAUAGAUGAACCUUUAACAUUUGAUACUAAAUAUGAAUAUAUGGAAGAUAUGAGACUAUCUUCUAAUUUAGCUUCAUUACCUUCUUUUUCAUCCUCUGUGAAUGAUUUAAACAAGAAUACAUUUAAAUUAACUUUGGCAGCACAUCAACAACCCAUUUAAAUUAUAUAUAUGAAUGUACAGAAAUUAUUUAUAUACAUAUACCACAAAUAUUUAUAUUUUUCUUUUUUUCCUCCUUUUAUCUUUCUUUCUUCAUUUAUUUUCUUCGUCUUAUUUUUUCGCUUCAUUACCUAAUAAAAAGUAUUCUAUAACAUACAC